CUGCUGCUGCCGCUGCUGCCGCCGCGCGCCCUGCCGGCCCCCGCGCCCGCCCGCGGCCGGCAGCCUCCGGGGCGCCUCGGCUGCUUGUUUGAAGAUGGCCUUUGUGGAUCAUUGGAGGCCUGUGUGAAUGAUGGCGUGUUUGGAAGGUGCCAAAAAGUUCCGGUGAUAGACGCACACCGCUAUGAAGUGUCUCCAGGGGCCUUGCAGCGCCUGAGGGGCAUCUUACAUAAGCUCUCCCACACAGGUUACACGUGGCAAGAUGACUAUACCCAGCAUGUGAUGGCCCAGGAGCUUGCAAAUCUCCCCAAGGCCUCCCCAUGGCACCCGGAAGCUUCCAGCCCAGUCAGGAAUUCACAACCAAACGCUGACCAGGAAAAGCAGUUUGGCCUGGAGAACGAGGUGGCCCUGGCCAAAACUCUUCAGCGCUACCUGCCCUACCUUGGGGUUCUGUCCCAGACCUCCACCCUGAAUGUGCACCGUAGGAUGGAGCACGAGGCACGGCCAGCUAAGGUUGAGGACCCCUUUCCUGAGAGCAUCCUGACCUACAUGGCCCACACGUCUGCAUUGACUUACCCUCCUGCGACCCGAGUCAAGUAUUCUGAGAGCCUUCUGCAGCCACUUAGCCAGCGCCAGCCAGACGAGCUCAGCCCCAAGGUGGACAGUGGCGUGGACAGGCAACACCUGAUCGCAGCGCUCGGUGCCUACACGGCUCGGAAGCCCGCUGAGGAGGGUGGCCCAGGCCCACGGUACCUUCUACACAGCCCUUCAGGAGCAGCAAGGCCCCACUCAGCACCAGGCACCCCCCAGAGAUGGCCUUGGUCUCCAGGAAGCUCCAAAGGCCUCCCAAGCAUAAGUGACGAUACACUCCUCCAGAGUCUUUUGAAGGACCUGCAGCGGCAGGCUGAAGGGGAGCAGCAGCUGGAAGAGAUGGCAGACGCACUUGCUGGCACUGUGCAAGGCAAGCACGCGGAGGGAAGCCAGGAUGGUCAUGGAAGAGGGACCAAAGGACAGCUGAAAGAACAGGUGGAUGGCCAAGAAGCAAUGUUCCAAGAUCACAGAGUACCUGAGGAGGAUGACCCAGUGCAUGAGGAGGUCAGUCAUUUGAGCAUCCAGCUUGGAGACCUUCUGAAGGACCACAGGGCUCCACUCUUGCCUGAAACCCCACUUAUGGAAAAGUUCUCCAGAGUAGAGGUGAAGAAGUCAGAGGAGCCAGAGGUGCCCAUGUCUUCAGAAGAAACCACUGGGGUGGAAAACGUGAGGAGCCGGACUUACUCCAAAGACCUGCUGGAGAAGAAGCCAAACUCAGAGCCCCAGGUCCACAGGCUUGGGGAAGAACUUCAAAACCAGGCUCCAGGAGAAUGGUCAGAGGAGCAGGGCCUUUUAGCAGCAGCUCUGGGCCCCUCCAGCGGAGGCCUGCAGCUGGAAGUUCAGCCCUCAGAGGAGGAGCGACAGGGAUACAUCCUGACAGGGACUGACCCCCUGAGCCCAGAGAAAGGGAAGCAGUUGAUGGAUGAGGUCGCCCACCUCUUGAAGGUGCCAUCAAACAUCUUUGUGGAUGUCAGAGUUCUAGGACCAACAGUCACCUUCAGAGUGAGUGCCAACAUACAAAACAUGACAACCAUGGACGUCACAAAGGCUACAGUGGACCACAAGGACCAGCUGGAGAGGACGUCUGGACUCACAAUCCUCCGGAGUGGAAUUGGACCGAAAGGCAAGGUCAAGAUCCUGCCCCACCAGGAAGAGCAAGAAGACUCCACCAAGUUCAUUGUCCUCACCUUCCUCUCCAUUGCCUGCAUCGUAGGGGUGCUCCUGGCUUCCGGCAUCAUCUAUUGCCUCCGCCACAGCUCUCACUACAAGCUGAAGGAGAAGCUGUCCGGACUAGGGGGGGACCCCAGUGCAGAUGCCACUGCAGCCUACCAGGAGCUAUGUCGCCAGCGCAUGGCGGUACGGCCUCAGGAGCGGACCGAGGGCCCGCACACAUCCCGCAUCAACAGCGUCUCAUCCCAGCUCAGCGAUGGGCCGAUGCCCAGCCCUUCAGCUCGGAGCAGCACCUCAUCCUGGUCAGAGGAGCCCGUACAGUCCAACAUGGACAUCUCCACCGGCCACAUGAUCCUGGCCUACAUGGAGGACCACUUGAAGAACAAGAACCGGCUGGAGAAGGAGUGGGAGGCGCUGUGUGCCUACCAGGCAGAGCCCAACAGCUCACUGGUGGCCCAGAGGGAGGAGAACGCUCCCAAGAAUCGCUCCCUGGCAGUUCUGACCUAUGACCACUCCAGGGUCCUUCUGAAAUCUGAGAAUAGCUAUGACCGCUCGGACUACAUCAAUGCCAGCCCCAUCAUGGAUCAUGACCCAAGAAACCCUGCAUACAUUGCCACCCAGGGCCCGCUUCCCACCACUGUGGCUGACUUCUGGCAGAUGGUGUGGGAGAGCGGCUCCGCGGUUGUUGUCAUGCUGACGCCCCUGGCGGAGAACGGCGUCCGGCAGUGCCACCACUACUGGCCUGACGAAGGCUCCACCCUCUACCACGUCUAUGAGGUCAAUCUGGUCUCUGAGCACAUCUGGUGCCAGGACUUCCUGGUCAGGAGCUUUUACCUGAAGAACCUGCAGACCAACGAGACACGCACGGUGACCCAAUUCCACUUCCUGAGUUGGUAUGACCAGGGAGUCCCUUCCUCCACACGGUCACUCCUGGAUUUCCGCAGAAAAGUAAACAAGUGCUACAGGGGCCGUUCUUGUCCCAUAAUUGUUCAUUGCAGUGACGGCGCCGGCAGGAGCGGAACCUACGUCCUGAUUGACAUGGUUCUCAAUAAGAUGGCCAAAGGUGCUAAAGAGAUUGAUAUCGCAGCGACCCUGGAGCACUUGAGGGACCAGAGACCAGGCAUGGUCCAGACAAAGGAGCAGUUUGAGUUUGCACUGACAGCUGUGGCAGAGGAGGUGAAUGCCAUCCUGAAGGCCCUUCCCCAGUAGGCCACAGUGCCCAGAGCUGGCAGGACUCUGCCCACUAGUGUUGCUGGGACCAUGACUGACUUCAAUCCUAUGUCCUCUGCAUAAUGAUAGGGUCCAUCAGACUCCCGUAGUCAGUACAGGCUGCCAGUGACUUGUGCUUUUGUUUAACCAAAUAAUAGAGAUAUAUGGAAACACCAGGUAGGAAGGCGAGGAAGACUCAACUCAUCCAUUUCAUGUUAUUGAAAAUAAUUACUUUUCUCUAAAGCACACAUUCACAUCGCCAAUUGCAGAUGGUGUCACAAUGAUAACGCGGUGGUACAAUCGCAGUGGCCUCCACGUAGGAGCGCUUGCUUCUGUAACUUGCUGGAAAGUGAGUUAGCAAGGCAGGAUGGGCCAGGACAGCCUGCACGGCGCCAAGUGGAGGCCACCAGGUGUAGAGAUCCCAAUGGACAUUUGCCUGUCAGCAUCGGGAGAAACCUCUAGGGUAGGUGGUUAGUGUCCUGCAGCUCAAGAACACUGUGUCUGCCUCUUGCUACUGACACAUCUCCAGCACAGCGGGUGACAGCAAGCACCACACCUUCCCGCCAGGGCUGUGCCAGCUCGUAGGCCGUGACCUCAUCCUCAAAAAGGUGGUAGAGAGCCCAAGCUUGAGGUGCAUUUUGAAUGUUAAAAUGCUGAUUUCUACUUUGCAAAACCUGGUGUAUGCAUUUCUUGAGGUAACAAAAAUUAGAACUAAUGUGGAAUUUAACAAGUCUUGAGGGUUCCCAAGAACAGUUCCUCAUGGAGCUGCCAGCCCAGCUGGCCCCAGAAGAGGUACUGGACGCUUCCAAUCCUGGAGCGGGGCCAGGGUGCCUCACAGGCUUGUUGGCAUGGCAACACCAGGAUAAAGUGACCUGAUUGGUCCUGCCUCCUCCCAAACUGCUUAGUGAGACACUUGCUCACCAAAUGAUUCUACCAGCCCAAACCUUUCAGUGUCAGACCUAUCACUUCCCCCAAGAACAGGAAAAUUUGCACAUUAAGGGAAGAGCAGCAGUGUUCAGGAAGGCCAGAGGUAUGGCUUUGAGCUCUGGGUCCAAGCGUACUGAAAGUCCCCGUCUGCUGUGUCCCAUGUGACCCUUUCCCCCUUAGCUGUGACAUUUCAGAUUGCAGCAUGGCAGGGAAAGUGGCCUUCUUAAUGGGAAGAGAUGUCACAAUGUCAUUGUCUGAUUGUGUUGUGUAGCUGCUUAACACCUCUGACGUUCCUCUUCCAAAGUUCUUUCUCCCUAUCUGGAAUUUAAAUAAUUAAUAGAAAUGAAUUUAUCUGAAUAUAGUAAGUAUAUAACUACUUGUAAUUUCUAACUUCUUAUGUUUAAAAGAAACCCUCCAGUGUGAGAUAUGCGGAUAUAUUUAAUUGUGGCAUAUUAAACAUUCUGAUUUCA